ACGCAAACACAUAUAUAGAGGCGGAAUUAUAUGCAUAUAAGAAUGCCGUCAUUUCACCAUAACUAAAAAUUUAAAGUUUGUUAAUUGAAAUUUGUUUAUAAAUCAAUUACAGUGUAGUGUACAGUGUGUCGCAGUAACGUCAAUUACAUAAAUUAAUAAUAUUGAAAAUGAAGAGUUACAAUUUAAGCAUCAUAUAUUUUCUCGAAAGCAUGACUAUAUUGGUGUUAUUGGAUAGUGCAGUUAUUAGUAUGGCAAGAGAGAAUAAAUCGGUAUGCUUGUCCGGUAAAAACAUGAGCUUAUAUGUUAACCUUAGUUCGGAUGUUUUAUUAAACGAAUAUGUAAACGAGGAACAAAAUAUAUUGAUUAUAUGCCCUUUCGUCGCUGCCAAGUUAUAUUAUAAUGGCAAUCUACUAAGCUAUGAUCGAACUUUCGUUUUAGAAGGAUUCAAAGCUGAGAACGCCGGUACAUAUAGUUGUUUGUCCCAAGAUAACGUUAACGAAACAAAUUGGGCUAAUUUGACAUUAUUUGUUUGCGAGAAGAAUCUAACCAGCGAAUAUCUACAAUUAAAGUUAACGGAUGAACUGAGCAAUGAUUUUCGCUUACCCCAAUUCAAAAUUCCAAUCCAAUUAAGCAAAUAUGUGGAAAAGCAUAGUGGUGGACUGGCGGUAUUCACUUGUUUACCUCUUGGCAAUACUUUGCCUAACGUCACGUGGUCUUACAACGGUUCCCCAUUGAAUUUGUUAAAAACGAAAUAUAAAAUAAAAAAGUAUUCGCUAUAUGUUGAUGAUUUGUCAAAAAACGAAUCGGGCACUUACGAAUGUCAGCUAUGCAAUGAAGUCGGCUGUGUUACUCAGUCGACAAUUUUAAAUGUAAUCGAUCGUUUACGUUCGCGGCCGGUCAUUCGUAGCGGUACGCCAGCCAACCGAACGGUCUUUAUUAAUGAAAAUGUUGAUUUUGAAUGUCAGGUGUUGUCCGACAUUGAACCUCACAUCAUAUGGCUGAAGCAUAAUGUGAAUUUGAAUAUGUCGUCUAGCGGUCAUCUCGAUCUUUAUAACAAUCCGAAUAUUGUGAAGCUGCCUACGAGUGCAGACGAACCAUAUUUAUUGCGUUUGGGUAGCGUGCAGCUUGAAGAUGAAGGCUAUUAUACCUGUGUUGCGAAAAACAAUCUUGGGGAAGCGAUUUCUAGUGCGUUUUUAAAAAUUUUAAUAAACAAUAAUUUAAAAAACAUUGCUGUCAACGUAACUGAAAGCAAAACAUUAGAGAAAUUUACUGGAGAAACUGACCCGAACAUCAAGCUGUCAAAUAAUGAGGAAACAGACGACAACGAUAUGUUGAAUUACAAAGUAGAACAAGAAAGUGUAACGAGAUUUAAAUAUGUGAAAAAGAUCGACGAUUCGGAUAUCGAACAAGAGGCGAAGAGCAGUAGCAACGAGGAUGCGCCUCAAUUUAAGAAUACUAAAAAACUGGAAGAAAACAUCCAUAAACCUUCGGGCAGUUCUGUGCAAUUAGUGUGUCCAGCCACUGGUAAUCCGACACCAAUCAUAAAAUGGACCCGUAAUAAUACCGAAAUUGAAAGAACAAUUGGCAGGGUUUCAUAUAAAAAGUGGUCCAUCCAAAUGGAUGACGCUACAACGGAAGACUCUGGCCUAUACAAAUGCACCAUUUGUAAUAAGCUCGGCUGUAUUGAACAUGCAACAAAAGUCACGAUACGAGACCGUUUGCGUUCACCACCCAUAAUAAGCGACAAGUUUCCACAGAAUCAAACUGUGCUUGUACAUAAUAGCACCUAUUUGGAGUGCCGGGUAGUCUCCGAUUUAGAGCCAAGUAUAAAAUGGUUUAGAUACGCCCAUCAAAAUGUACCUAUUAAACAAUUAGAGCAAGUCGCCUUAAAAUUGGUUAAUAAAAUUCCACCUGAUAAUAGUUCACUACUUAAUAAUGUAAUUGCUUUGACUGCGGACCCGGAUAGACCGAACAUUUUAAAUUUCACUAACGUUACGCAUCGAGAAGCCGGUUGGUAUACUUGCGUAGCAAGCAAUACUUUGGGCCAUUCUCUAGCGAGUGCUUAUAUGAACGUAGUCGAUAAACUCCCAAGGGAUUCCAUAUUUCGAGGGCAUCCAGUGUGGAUAACAGCUGUGGCGAUUGUAGUAGUUUUGUUGUUUUUACUCGGUACAGUUUUCAUAAUAUAUGUGCUGCGAAAAUUAAAGCACGAAAAGCUUUUGAAGCAACGCAUAGAAACUGUGCAUCAAUGGACAAAAAAAGUGAUUAUAUAUAGACCAGCUGCAACAGAAGGGAGUAGUUGCGACCUUCAAAUGCCGGUUAUCAAAAUCGAAAAGCAACGGACGACUUUUACGACAUCCAGCUCAGAUCCAGUGAAUGGAUUUAAUGAAUAUGAAUUUCCAUUAGACUCUAAUUGGGAAAUUCCGCGUAGCCAAUUGAUUCUUGGCUCAAUAUUAGGGGAGGGAGCGUUUGGGCGUGUAGUAAUGGCAGAAGCCAGUGAUCUUUCGAGUACGACUCUCUCUACCAUGGGAAAUACGCCAACGAUAGUCGCUGUCAAGAUGGUGAAAGAAGAACAUACAGAUGUUGACAUGACAAGUUUAGUCCAUGAAAUGGAGGUCAUGAAGCUCAUCGGAAAGCACAUAAAUAUCAUAAAUUUGGUGGGAUGUUGUAGUCAAAAUGGACCGUUGUGGGUUAUAGUGGAAUUUGCCCCUCACGGCAAUUUAAAGGACUUUCUUAAGAAAAAUCGUCCUUUGUCAGGAUGGGGAAAUUCCUCCCUGGAAGGUAGUGGCGAAUAUUUAGAAGAUAAGCCACAAUUGACAGAGAAGCAUUUAGUAUCGUUUGCCUUUCAAAUUGCUCGUGGCAUGGACUACCUAGCUUCGCGUCGUUGCAUACACCGUGACUUAGCGGCGAGAAAUGUUUUGGUUAGCAACGAUUACGUAAUGAAGAUAGCAGAUUUUGGGCUCGCACGUGAUGUGCAGGAUACCGAUUAUUAUCGUAAAAAAACGAAUGGUCGAUUGCCCAUUAAAUGGAUGGCGCCCGAAUCAUUACAGGAUAAAUUUUACGAUUCAAAAUCGGACGUUUGGUCGUAUGGUGUUUUACUGUGGGAGAUUAUGACUUACGGCGAUCAGCCGUAUCCGAACAUAAUGUGCGCAGAGGAGUUAUACAGUUUCUUAAUAACGGGCCAGCGAAUGGAGAAACCGUCGCGUUGUUCUCUCAAUAUUUAUAUGCUAAUGCGACAGUGUUGGCAUUUCGAUUCAAAUGCCCGACCAACAUUUUCUGAGAUUGUCGAGAACCUUGACAAGAUACUCCAGCUAUCAAGUAUAACGCCUAACGAGGAAUAUUUAGAUUUAUCUAUUCCUAUGUUAGAGACUCCCCCUUCGUCAAGCGAUGAAGAAUCAGAGCCGGAAACGUUCCAAGAGACAUCUCCACUUCGAUAUCAAUAUACAUAUAAGUUUAAUUAGCUUAGCUUUUAACGAAAAAAGCAAAGAAAGUUGGGAAAAAAAAAGGAAGAGAACGUAUGCAGUACUUUCAUACACUUUUACGAAACGAAAAGACUAUCUUGUACACAUAUGAUAGAAUAAGAACACAUACACAUAAGUAUAUCUUCGGCCAUGCAU